AGCUUGUUCGUUUCCUCCCCGUUAAUAUUUAAUCGCGGGCGCGGCGGGGAUUGGAUCCGGCCGUGUGGACCUGUUCCUGGGUGUCAGCAGUACACAAUCUGGGAGGGUUUGACACGAUCUGUUCCCGCCCUGAACGCGUUCACUCACCCCCAGGACUGAUAUUCUGAAUCAAAGUAACACAUCGCGCGAUCACUCUUGAUACAUUGUAACAUUCGUCGUGUUGUGGCGCAGCUGUUGUAAUACAUUGUCUGUCGUGGUGAUCGUGAUACAUUUUAUCCGCUGAUGAUGGAGCGCUGGAAGGGGAGAGUCGCGCUGGUCACCGGAGCUUCUGUGGGGAUCGGAGCGGCUGUCGCUCGGGCUCUGGUCCAGCACGGCAUGAAGGUGGUCGGAUGCGCCAGGAGCGUAGACAAAAUCGAGAAGUUGGCAGCUGAAUGUCAGAGUGCAGGAUACAGCGGCACGUUGAUCCCGUAUAAGUGUGACCUGUGUAAUGAGGACGAGAUCUUGUCCAUGUUCUCGGCCAUUAAGACACUUCAUCAGGGAGUGGACGUGUGCAUCAACAACGCUGGUCUGGCCCACAAUGAACCUCUGCUUAGCGGACACACGGAAGGCUGGCGAAACAUGAUCGAUGUGAACAUUCUCGCUCUGGCCAUCUGCACACGAGAGGCUUAUCAGUCGAUGAAGGAAAGAGGUGUGGAUGAUGGACAGAUUAUCAAUAUCAACAGUAUGGGGGGUCACAGGAUGGUGCCCAGCGCUGAUGAACACUUUUAUUGUGCGACUAAAUACGCUGUGACUGCGCUGACAGAAGGCUUGAGACAGGAGCUACGAGAGACCAAAACACACAUUCGAGCCUCGUGUAUAUCACCAGGAAUAGUGGAAACUGAAUUUGCCUUCCGGCAUCACAACAGUGAUCCAGAGAGAGCAGCAGCGGUAUAUGAGAGUAUAAAGUGUUUGAAAGCAGAAGACAUCGCCAGCGCUGUUAUAUAUGUCCUCAGUGCACCUCCUCAUGUUCAGAUCGGUGACAUCCAGAUGCGGCCGGUAGAGCAAGUAUCGUAGGACUAGAGCAGAACAUGAAGUCACGCAGUGGGAGAGCAGGUUUAACCCGAGGGGAGAUUGCGUCACCUGCUGGUGAACAUAUGUAUAACAAGAACUGUGUUUGCAGGGAAUUGGUUUGGGAUUCAGAUUCGGAUCAAAUCUGAGAAUGUGCUGACCUGAAGGAACUGUCUGAGCUUCAGGGGAGGUGAGCCAGAUCGCCUCUGAAAUCCAUUCAAAUUUACAGAUCUUUACAAUCUGCUGCUGGUUCAAACAUAAGAGGAAUUUAUUUGAAAGAAAAAACCCUGGAACAACAGAAAGAACAAGAUGUUAAAGCGUGUGUGUGUGACUACAUACUCCAGACAAACACGCCAUUAAUUGCAGAUACUUUUUCUCGUAAUCUAGGUCAUAUUUCAUAUCUCUUUGAAAAUACGACACUAACUGACAAAUAACUUGCUCAUUGCUGGUGAUAUUCAUUACUAUAUUUUUAUUAUUAUAACUUGAAUUCUGUGUAGAUGUGAUUGUCAUACUAUAACUACCACAAAAUGGAUCCAACUUCAUUUAAACCAUUAUGGUUUGUGUGUGGCUUGUGCUGUUUUUAACCGAUAACAUGCACAUUUUUCUGAAUGAAUCCGUUUGCCGAUCUCAAAUCUUUCCGGGAACCUGAUAAUGUUUGAAAGGUAGAACACUGAGUUUUUCAUAGGAAAAUGCGUCUUGAAACAAUGUAUUGAGCACUUGAAAGAAAUAAUACUUAAUAUAAUCUGUUCUGACUGAUUAAAAAGGUGAUUAUUAAUAAUUAUGUUUUUUUUUUGCUGUACUCUGCAUCCCAGAACAACCCAAGACCUGAGUUCCUCACUUAUUUUCUAUUUAAAAGUCAUCAGGGUUUGGUUUUUAGGAAAACUAAAAUAACUGUAAUUUUACAUAUAAAUGCUGAAGUUCAAUUAUGUACAAUGUGUUAACAUGAAAUGUUUUAAUCUGACAAAGCCUGGCAAGAAUUUGUCCAGGUCAUAUUUUACCCCAAAAUCAUAACAGGAAAAAAUUAAAACAUAUUUUCAAAGAAAUAAGGAUUUUUAAUAAAAUAAUAAAGAUUAUUAUUUACAGUAAUGAGAAUAUAAUUAAAAUAUAUACAAAUUUAAAAUCCUUUACGCAUAAAUCGAUUAGAGAUAAAUCUGCUUAUGUGCACUACACUAAAUAUAACAUUUUAUUUGUUUCUUUUCGAUUUGGGGGGUCAAAUAUGACCUGCACAUGUUUUCGUGAGAUUCCCACACUUGGACUUUGGUCAGGGUGUAAACACAGAGUAAAGUCUAAAUCUGAAGGAACUGUAAAAUGUACCUCUCUGUUAUAAUGUAUAAAUCAAAAUGGACUUUAGCCGAUGUUAACAGUAUUCGUAUUGUAUAUUUUCAGCAUGAAUUCAUUAUGAUUUAGCAUGAAUCUGAGCUUGGAACGCUUAAACUGAACAUAAGAGAAAAAUACGAAACAUUUCUUGUGUGUCUGGGGGGAUGUAAAGUUCCAUGUUUGGACACUGAGAGUGUCUUAUCUCAUGUUGGACUGUUGUUAAAUAAUCGUACCCUUAUAAAAGUUAAUAUCUUAAGAAAAAAUAAUCAGCAUAUGAGAAUACAAAUGUGAUGGGUGAAAGAAAUGUCCAGAUUUCUGCUUUGACUGUACAACAGAAGACGUGUGAGAUGACUGUUGAUUUAAAUUGUUUUUAUUAAUAUCAAUAUAAAGUCCCAAUAA